CGUUAGCGGUGCCGUGUGUGUAUACGGACGCGAAAUGUGAAUGUGAAUGCGUGAUGAGCGGCCUGACCGGCCCCACGCCAUGAAACUUGCACACGGCGGCGUUGCGUGCGCGAGCGAUGACCGUGCGUGCGCGCGCGCGCGUGUGUGUGCGUAUGUGUGCGCGCGCGCCCGUGGGCGUUGGGCGCCCCGCACUCGCCCCUGCACUCUUCCGGAGUGCGCGGUGCAGCGAGGCUCGCUCGCCCGGGCCACACUACUUGGUGUUACUCCGACAGAGGUGUCGCCUGCUGCGCCCCGGUACACACACACACCAUACGUGCCACACGCACUGAAAGGCCGCGGUCCACUCCGGCCGCCGCGGUGCCCGGGGGAGGACGACGACGACGACGACCACCACCAGGGUCCUCGGCGCGCCGCCAUGAAGCUGAGCGGCUACCUGGAGCGGCGCCUGGAGGAGGUGUGCCCGCCCAAGGGCGCCAGGCUGUCCAGGAGGGCGUUCAACGUCCUGCAGGGCACGCGGGUGUCGGUGGUGGUGUCCGGGGCCGUGGCGCUGCUCGCCAUCGUGGACUGCUUCACCAAGGAGUCGUACCUGGCCGCCAGCCUGGGCAUCCGCUUCCUCACCGGGAUCCUGUCGUGCAUCGUGGCCCAGGGCGUGUACGUGUACCGGCGCGAGGGCAUGCGGCGCGUGCUGGGCGACAUGGCGGCCGUGGCGCAGCGCCUCGAGGCCAACGCGGACGACGACGCGCAGGCGUCGAUGGCGCGCGCGGCCCGGCGGUGCGCGCGUCUGCAGCGGCUGUACGGCGCCUACUCGGUCAUGGUGGUCGCGUCGGUGCUGUUCCCCACGCUGUCCUCGGGCAGCCUCAGCAUGCCCGUCUGGCCCCGGCCAGAGCACACGCCCGAGCCCCGCGUGGCCGCGGCCGCUGCGCUCGCCUCGCAGGUGAUCACCGGGACGUGCUGCCCCAUCGCCUUCUACACGCUGGUGGGGCUGAUGGUGGUGACGCAGCAGGCGUGCGGCGCGCUGUACCGGGCGGCCGGCGCCGAGGUCCAGGCGGUGCGCGCGCCCGAAGCCCUGCUGGACUGCGCGCGCCUGCACGGCCGCCUGUCGGCCGCCGCCGCCCUGCUCGACCGCCUCACCUCGGACGUGAUGGUGCUGCUGCUCUCGGCUGUCCUGCUGCUGCCCAUCCAGGGCAUGUACGACAUCGUCCAGGGCCACAUCGACGCCUACCUCCUGUCCUCCUUCCCCAUCAUCCUGGUCGUCUUUGUGCCCAUAUGCAUCAGCGGACAGGGGCUGUCGGACGCGAGCGAGCUGGUGGGGCUGCGCGCGUACCAGGGCCGCUGGCCGGCCGAGGCGCCCGAGCACCGGCGCGUGCGCGCGUUCGUGAUGCUGCGCGCCUCGCGCCCGGCCUGCAUCACGUGCCGCGGGCUCGGCGCGCUGGGGCUGCCCGUCUGCGAGUCCGUGCUCAAGUCGUGGUUCUCGUACCUGCAGAUGCUGCUCAACCUCAGCAACAAGACGGCCCACGCCACCGACUAGUACUGCUGCAGCGGCAUAGGUUCAAAAAACAAAAAAGUUUGAGCUUUGGUCAAAAAUUACUGGUUUGAAGUUUUUGUUUAUCGUCUGGGCUGGUGUUCACCGAACUAUGUCGGAGUUCAUCGAAGUUGUUUUUACCAAGGUUCAAACAUGAGUAAAACCGAAGUUUUCCUGAGUGACGACACAUUGACAAUAAAUGACCCGCGCUGUGAAUCACU